CAUAUCCCGUCUGUUUUAAAACACGUGGAUGGAGUUGGAGGUGUAGCCUUUCAACAACAACAUGGCGAAUAAGGGGCUCGUGUACGAUGGGUGCAAUUUUUUCAGACAGAGACUUGUUCUAUCUUUAUUAAGUGGGAAGAAAAUUACAAUCCGAAAUAUACGGUCAAAAGAUGACAAUCCUGGACUCAGAGAUUUUGAAGCCAGCUUAAUCCGCCUCAUGGACAAAAUAACCAAUGGCACCAGAAUUGAAAUUAAUCAGACUGGCACUGUGCUGUUCUUCCAGCCCGGUCUGCUGUACGGAGGUUCUGUGGAGCACGAGUGCAACUCUCAGCGAUCUGUGGGGUUCUACCUGGAGGCCCUCCUCAUGCUUGCCCCUUUCAUGAAGAACCCGCUCCGAGCCGUCCUCAAAGGAGUCACCAACGACCAGAUGGAUCCAUCGGUUGACACUUUAAAGGCAACCUCUAUCCCGUUGAUGAAGAAGUUUGGGCUUGACGGAGAAGGCCUUGAGCUGAAGAUAGUAAAGAGGGGGAUGCCCCCUGGUGGAGGGGGAGAGGUGCUGUUCUCCUGCCCUGUUCGCAGAACCAUUCGACCCGUCCAGCUGACCGAUCCAGGGAAAAUCAAGCGCAUCCGGGGAACAGCGUACUCUGUACGAGUAUCCCCUCAGAUGGCAAACCGAAUUGUGGACUCUGCCAGGAGCGUUUUGAACAAGUUCAUUCCAGACAUUUACAUCUAUACGGACCACAUGAAGGGAGCCAACGCUGGCAAAUCCCCAGGGUUCGGCCUCUCCCUGGUGGCAGAGACGACGCAGGGCGCCUUCCUCGGAGCGGAGCUGGUGUCCAGCCCGCAGGGGCAGGGGGAUGUGGUGCUCCCGGAGGACCUGGGCAGGAACUGCGCUAAGCUGCUGCUGGAGGAGGUUUACCGGGGUGGCUGUGUGGAUUCAGCCAAUCAGAGUCUGUCGCUACUCUACAUGACGCUGGGACAGCAGGAUGUGUCCAAAACUCUGCUUGGUCCACUCUCUCCAUACACGUAAGCUUGGUCCACUCUCUCCAUACACGAUAGAGUUUUUACGGCACAUCCGGGACUUUUUCCAGAUCAUGUUCAAGAUGGAGACGCAGAAGCAGGCGGAGGAGACCCAGAAGGGUGGGGACAAAGUGCUGAUGACCUGCGUAGGAGCUGGCUACACCAACCUCAGCAAAACUCUCAAAUAAAACCUCGCACAUUUUUAUGCUCAAAUGGAA